AUGCAUCCAGCACCUCCGUCCGCGGUCCACGACGCGGAGCACGCGCAAUGGGCACCUGUUGUCGACGCGCCCUCCCUCACCGCAGCUCUUUCCGCCAUCCCCUCUGCGCUCGCGGACUCCACACCCUUGGUGACUGACCCGUCAUAUAUACCCCCCUGGGUCCUCCUCGCUCUCUUUCGCAAGCAGCCGGCUAACGCAGAUGAAGCAUCCACGACGCAUGCCCUCCUGGCCGCCUCCUCGACCCCGGGUCUCACCCCUCUUUUCGCCAUUCUCGACGCUCACUGGGUGGUCAAAUUUUCCCUUUUCCGCUCCCUCGCCCAAGCGGUCAAAGUCUUGCACGGUGCCAGCGACGAUCCCCGCCACCGUGACCUCUUUCUUCGCGUCGUCGCCAGUUCUCCAGUAAGGGACAAGGAUCAAGUGUACGAAUUUCUGGCGCAGUGGCUCCGGAGUGCCAUUCGCGAACGCACACCUCUCCAUUCACGGACGUACAAAGCCAUCCUCGAGAACCGUGUUGCCAACGUCAGGAUCGCGCAUCUCGUGCAGACGCAUAUGCGACUCACUAAGCUCAAACCGAACCUCGGAGUUGCCGUUGCGUUCAUCAAGCUGUUUGCUGCUGCUCAAGACACACGAGCCAUGCGACUCUGGUGGCGCAUACGACGAGGACAGUACUACGGAGACGACCUCAGGCAUUCCAGGAAGCCAAAGUUUCUCCUCAGCGUACUUCGACAAGCCCUUCGCUCCCUUAAGUCUCCGCUCUCGCUUCAUAACUAUUCUGGUCCCCUUCUACGCAAGACGGGUCCGGACGAUGCACCAAAACUUCCCGCAGAAGCAGUCUCAGUUGAAAUCUGGCUGAAAGCUGUACAAACUGCCGCCGUUGACCUGGACACUAGGGCCGAACGCCUUCUCACCCUCUACCACGAAGGUCGUUCCCACCUUCCGACCGCAUACAAUCGUCUGUUCGUAGACUUUGUAGUCAUCAAAGGGCUUUUACGUCGCCAGGAUCGAGGGGGAGCGAUAGGCGUACUACGAAAUGCUAUGAAGAUGAAGCGCUUCUUCACUGGGCACCAGCUGUGCAUAGCUGUAGAGGCCCUCACGAAAGUGGGCCGCCCGGAUCUAGCCCUCCGCCUCUUGCUCGAGUUCGUCGACGGCCCACUUUCCGAACGCGCUUCGUCAGUGAUGUACACCAUCACGAUCAACUCCUUCAUGCACUCCCUCCUCUCAAUCGGUCGCCUUGACGUCGUAUUUUUCCUCUGGGAUACCAUGGAGCGUGUUUUUCUCGUCGACCAAGACGAUGUCACGUUCGGUAUCCUGCUCAAAGCCGCUCGACUCGGCAAGAAGCGUGAAGGCCUUCGUCAAGUUGCCCUGGCCGACUUGGGACUCGGUCGGCUGCUUCCCCGUACACUCGCCACAUCCGAACUCGAACGAGCACCCUACCGUCUUUCCAGGGAAGACGCGAUCGCAGGCCUGCGCUCGCUCCUCUCGCCCGGCUCUCGUCGCUCCGUAACGGGGUUCUGGAGGGGCGAACGAGCUGGGCGCGUCGCCCUCCGCGUCGCAUGGCAAGUCCUCAUCGGGAACUACCCCCAGCUCACGAGGAUUCGCGCCCCGUUCCGCGCCGUGCGCAAGUCGGCGGAAGCCCAAGCCGUCUCCCCCCUCACGGACCUCUACCACAGCUUCGUGGGGAUGCGGGCGGACCCCUCCCCGGGCGUCUUCCGGGCGCUGAUCGACCUGCUCGCGGCGGAGGAUCAGGCGGGGCACAUCCCGCUCGUGCUCGCAUGGAUGCGGGAACUGCGCGUCCAGCCGGCGAACGUGACUCUGGCGAGCGCGAUGGUGUACUGGGGCGAGGUCGCGAUCGAGGGACCGUGGAUCGAAAGCUUGAAGGGCGCGGAGAGCGAGUAUAUGCAGUUCGUGCAAUGGGUGCAGCGGUGGGUGGGCAAACGGGGCACGAAGGACGGGGUUCUGUCGGGGCAGGAGGUGGGGGAGGCGCUCAAGAGGGUGAAGGUGUUGAGGGAGAUGCAGGUGAUGCGGCCGCCGGAGGCAGAGGCGUUGGACGAUGCGUGGUUCGACGGGCUGUGA